AUCCACAAAUGCCUUGCUGAACCAGCGCAGCCCGGAGUGGAGGAGCCAAGCAGGCAGUCCUCAUGGAGGGACCCCUGACAAGUAGCCUGGCCACCCCAGAUCGCCCCCGAGGCCCAGAGAGACUGCCGGGCCCAGCGCCACGGGAGGACAUCGAGGGUGGGGCCGAGGCUGCCGAGGGGGAUGGUGGCAUCUUCCGGUCCGCCCGUUAUCUGCCCGUCACCAAGGAGGGUCCUCGAGACAUGCUGGAUGGCAGAAGUGGCAUUUCUGAUGGGCAGCCCCAUCCCGGCCUCAGCGAAGCCCUCCCCUGUGCUACCUCCGCCACCCAUCGGAUCAGCAGUUGCUGCUGGGAUGCAGGCAGCUUGGACUUCCGGCCAGGUUCCCCGCCACCCCAUCUUCUGGGCCACUUCCCCGAACCCCCCCACGGCCAGGGGCCCUGGGAACACCCCCUGGCUCAGGAAGCAGGGGACUGCAUGCCAUCCGAGCAGAGGUUCCAGGACACAGUCAUCGUGAGACCCCUGAAGCCCCAUGCUGAGCUGGAAGGUUCUCGAAGGUUCUCCCACCAUCAGGCUGAAAGGAAGCGCUCAGAGAAGGCUCCCAGGGGCCGCCCCGGGUUUGAAUGGUUCGGAGAGGCGGACGAACCAGGGGGCCCCCGAGAGGCGGGGCUGCAGCUGGACCUGCGCCCCCAGCUGCCGCCGACGCCACCCCUCCCCUCCUUCAGGAGGGUGCUUGUGCCCUUGGAUGACAUCGUGCCGGUGGAAGACACGCCCAAGGCCAUGGACAUGGACAUCGGAGAAGCCGGGGAGGACCUGGAGGAGGAACUAGAUGGGAUGACGCAGCCGUCCGAGUGGAGCCUGCCCUCCUUGGCCUCGGAGGUGGCCACUCAGACAUGGACAGUGAAUGCCGAGGCGUCCGUGGAGCGGCUGCAGCCUCUGCUACCCCCGUCGCAGCCGGGGCCUUACCUGUGCGAGCUCCUGGAGGAGGCAGUAGAGGGGAUGGGUGGUCCAGAUGAGGGCAAGGGCGAGGACCAGGAGCCGGCCGUGUAUCCCUGCAUUGAGUGCAGUAUCUACUUCAGACAGAAGGAGCACCUGUUGGAUCACAUGCGUCACCACCCCAGGGCCCCCAGCCAGGAGCCUCCCGCGCACCUGGCCCCACUGGCCUGCGGUGAAUGCGGCUGGGCCUUCGCCGACCCGGCAGCCCUGGAGCAGCAUCGGCAGCUGCAUCAGGCCUCGCGGGAGAAGAUCAUCGAGGAGAUCCAGAAGUUGAAACAGGUGCCGGGCCACCAGGGCCGCGAGGCACGGCUGCAGUGUCCCAAGUGUGCUUUUGCCACCAACUCCUCCAGGGCCUUCGCGCAGCACGCCAAGGUGCACGCACGAGAGCCGCCAAGCCUGCCAGAGGCGGAGCCCUCCCUCCUCCAAGGCGGUGGCAGCAGCAGCAGCACCACCAGCAGAGCUGCCAGCCCCAGCCUGGACACGGCUGAUGCCCUCGUCUAUCAACCCUACGGUUCUGCUGCCAACCAAGCUGCCUCUGGCCUCGGUGCCUGCUGCAUGGUGUGUGGCUUCCCGGCGCCCAGCGAGAGCCUGCUGAGGGAGCACUUGCAGCUGGCCCAUGCACAUCUUCACUGGGAGGAGGACGGGGAGGAGGAGCUGGAGGAGGAGGAGGAGGAGAUGGAGGAGGAGGACCCAGCCAGCCAGCCGGGCACCAGCCAGGAUGCCUACGCCGCCCACUUCCCCGAAGUUGCCAUGGAUUACUUCGGCAAAGCUGAGCCACUCUUAGCUCCGGUGUGGCGCGAGAGCCCUGCUGGAUACGACCCCAGCCUGGCCUUCAGCCCAGACUGCCCGCAGCAGCUGAGCGUGAGGAAUUUCUCAAUGUCAAAGUCGCUGGCCCCCGGCUCAGGCCAGAGGCCUUUUGGGAGACAGGCCUUCCCCUCGCCGCUGGCAUCCACACUGCACUCUUUGCCACUGGGGAGAAGCAAACGCAGUAGCCACGCGCAGAGGCUGGGGGAUCACCGCAGGCGUCCCUGGAGCGAAGAGGAGGAGGAAGAGGAGGAGGAGGAGGAGGAAGAGGAAGAGGCAGUGCCUCUGACCUCCGAGAUGGAGUUUCCACCUGAACACGAGCUCUUCCCGCGGCCAGCCACCCCCAGCCUCCUCCCGCAGCCAGCCCUGGAGCUCAAGCGGACUUUCCGAGACGCCCUGGGCACGGCUCAGGCCUCCCGCGCACAGCAGCGGCAGCUGCAAGGGAUGGUGCCCAUCGUGCUGGUGGCCAGGCUCGGGCCGCAGGUGAUGGAGGCCGCGGUGGCCAGAGCACCCCGGAGGAGACUGCUGCCCGAGGAAGAGGUGCUGGGGCUCGGCGGCGCUCACCCCUUGGAUUUCCUGCUCCUGGACGCACCGCUGGGCGGCCCUCUGGAGCUGGACACGCUCCUGGAGGGAGACGCAUCAGCGACCCUAAAACCCGAGGAGCGCAAAUGCCCUUAUUGCCCCGAACGCUUCCACAAUGGCAUAGGCCUGGCCAAUCACGUGCGAGGCCACCUGAACCGCGUGGGCGUCAGCUACAACGUGCGCCAUUUCAUCUCCGCCGAGGAAGUGAAGGCCAUUGAGCGCAGGUUCUCCUUCCAGAAAAAAAAGAAGAAAGUGGCGAACUUUGACCCGGGCACCUUCAGCCUGAUGCGCUGUGAUUUCUGUGGGGCCGGUUUCGACACACGCGCGGGCCUCUCGAGCCACGCCCGGGCGCACCUGCGCGACUUUGGCAUCACCAACUGGGAGCUCACCGUUUCACCCAUCAACAUCCUGCAGGAACUGCUGGCCACCUCCGCCCCCGAGCUGCCCCCGAGCCCCCUGGGCCUGGAGCCCGGGGGACCCCCUGGCGGCUUCCUAACCUCCCGCCGGCCCCGCUUCCCUCUCACAGUGCCCUUCCCGCCCACCUGGGCCGAAGACCCUGGACCAGCCUACGGAGAUGGCCUGGGUUCUGAGAACGCCAUGGUGGCCAUGGACUUGGGGUCACCCCCACUCCCUAAGAAGAGCCUGCCUGUCACUGGGGCCCUGGAGCAGGUGGCCAGUCGGCUGAGCAGCAAAGUGGCUGCAGAGGCUCCUCACGGCAGCAAGCAGGAGCUGCCAGACCUCAAGGCUCAGAGCCUGACCACUUGUGAGGUGUGCGGCGCCUGCUUCGAGACCCGCAAGGGCCUGUCCAGCCACGCGCGCUCCCACCUGCGGCAGCUGGGGGUGGCGGAGUCCGAGAACAGCGGUGCUCCCAUCGACCUCCUCUACGAGCUGGUGAAGCAGAAGGGUCUGCCUGACGCCCCCCUCGGGCUGCCCCCGAGCCUGACUAACAAGUGCAGCUCACCCAAGGAGGUGGUCAGCGGGGGGCCCCGGCCCGGCCUGCUCCCCCUGGCCAAGCCUCUGGAUGCCCCUGCUGUCAACAAAGCCAUCAAGUCGCCUCCUGGCUUCUCAGCCAAGGGCCUGGCUCAUCCACCCAGCUCGCCGCUCCUCAAGAAGGCGCCGCUAGCCCUGGCGGGCUCCCCUCCCCCCAAGAAUCCUGAGGACAAGAGCCCCCAGCUGUCCCUGAGCCCCCGGCCGGCCUCCCCAAAGGCACAGUGGCCUCAGUCUGAUGACGAAGGGCCCCUGAACCUCACUUUAGAUAGUGACGGGGGCAGAGAGCUGGACUCCCAGCUGCGAGGUGCCUGGUUUGAGACCCACAAGGGCCUUUCCAGCCACGCUGGCACCCACCUGCACCACCUGGGCGUCGGCGACCCGGACGCCAAGGGAUCCCCCAUACACGUGCUCCACGGGCUCUUCCAGAGGGACGGAGUCCAGCUUCGCCUCCCACUUGGGCGCGGCGGCCGGGCCCGGCCGGGGCGGCCUCACCCCAUCUCUGCGGCCGGCUCCUUGCUUCCCUCCCCGCCGGCGGCCAAGAAGGGCAGGCCGAAGGCCUCGGCCUCUGGCCCUGAGCCAACUCGAGACAUCCGCUGUGAAUUCUGCGGCGAGUUCUUCGAGAACCGCAAGGGGCUGUCGAGCCACGCGCGUUCCCACCUGCGGCAAAUGGGCGUGACCGAGUGGUACGUCAACGGCUCGCCCAUCGACACGCUGCGGGAGAUCCUGAAGCGACGGACCCAAUCUCGGCCUGGUGGGCCCCCUAACCCACCAGGGCCCAGUCCGAAAGCCUUGGCUAAGGUGGUGGGCAGCGGAGGUCCUGGCAGCUCGCUGGAAGCCCGCAGCCCCUCGGACCUUCACAUCUCGCCCCUGGCCAAGAAGUUGCCGCUGCCACCAGGCAGCCCCCUGGGCCAUACACCGACUGCCUCUCCUCCUCCCACGGCCCGAAAGAUGUUCCCAGGCCUGGCCGCACCCCCCCUGCCCAAGAAGCUGAAGCCCGAACACAUGCGUGUGGAGAUCAAGCGGGAGAUGCUGCCAGGGACCCUUCAUGGGGAGCCGCAUCCCUCCGAGGGUCCCUGGGGGGCACCACGGGAAGACCUGGCACCCCUCAACCUGUCUUCCCGGGCAGAGCCAACUCGAGACAUCCGCUGUGAAUUCUGCGGCGAGUUCUUCGAGAACCGCAAGGGGCUGUCGAGCCACGCGCGCUCCCACCUGCGGCAGAUGGGCGUGACCGAGUGGUCUGUCAACGGCUCGCCCAUCGACACGCUGCGGGAGAUCCUGAAGAAGAAAUCCAAGCCGUGCCUCAUCAAGAAGGAGCCCCCAGCCGGAGACCUCGCCCCGACCCUGGCCGAGGACGGGCCCCCCACGGCAGCCCCUGGCAGCAUACAGUCCCCGCUGCCGCUGUCGCCCCUGGCUGGCCGGCCAGGCAAACCGGGAGCCGGGCCCGCCCAGAUUCCCCGGGAGCUCAGCCUGACGCCCAUCACUGGGGCCAAGCCCUCAGCCGCCAGCUACCUGGGCUCUGUGGCAGUCAAACGGCCCCUACAGGAGGACCGUCUCCUCCCAGCAGAGGUCAAGUCCAAGACCUACAUCCAGACUGAACUGCCCUUCAAGGCAAAGACCCUCCAUGAGAAGAGCUCCCACUCCUCCACCGAGGCCUGCUGCGAGCUGUGCGGCCUUUACUUUGAAAACCGCAAAGCCCUGGCCAGCCACGCACGGGCGCACCUGCGGCAGUUUGGAGUGACGGAGUGGUGUGUGAACGGCUCACCCAUCGAGACACUGAGAGAGUGGAUCAAGCAUCGGCCACAGAAGGUGGGCGCCUACCGCAGCUACAUCCAGGGCGGCCGGCCCUUCGCCAAGAAGUUCCGCAGCGCCGGCCACGGCCGCGACAGUGACCAGCGGCCUCCCCUGGGGCUGGCCCCCGGGGGCCUGGCCGUGGUCAGCCGCAGUGCUGGUGGGGAACCAGGGCCCGAGGCUGGCCGGGCAGCCGACAGCGGUGAGCGACCUCUGGCAGCCGGCCUACCAGGCACUGUGAAGGCCGAGGAGCGCCAACGACAGAACAUUAGCAAAUUUGAGCGCCGACAAGCCCGGCCUUCAGACGCCUUGGCCAACAGAGGGGGCGAGGAGGCCAGUGACCGGCCCCAGAAGUUAGAGGAAGCGCGGCAGCCCCCGCCCCGGGUGCGCCCUGUACCCUCCCUGGUGCCCCGGCCUCCCCAGACAUCGCUUGUCAAGUUUGUUGGCAACAUCUACACCCUCAAGUGCAGGUUCUGUGAAGUGGAAUUCCAGGGCCCCCUCUCCAUCCAGGAAGAGUGGGUGCGGCACUUACAGCGGCACAUCGUGGAGAUGAAUUUCUCCAAAGCGGACCCCCCGUCUGAGGAGCCCCAGGCUCCCCAGGCACAGACAGCAGCGGCACAGGCACCCUAACAGGAGCAUUCCAGAUCCUCUGUGCCACCCAUCUCCUCCUCUCUCCUCGCCUCCUCCAGCUCCUCUUCCCUCUCCUUCCUCUUCCUUUUCCGUUUCCAAAGGAGCAAGCCAAAACCUCAGACCGGUGCCCCUCGGGGGCCGGGGACACUACAGCCGGGGAGGGGCACCGGGAGCCAGCUAGCCGCCCUUCCCCCAGCCCAAGGACUGGGGCCACCAGAUGUCUUCAGCCCACGCCCACCUGGUCCCACAGGCACGAACAGCAGGCAGGGAGGGCUGUGCCUGCGCACUUGUGGCCCUUUGCAGAGACCCCAAAGACCCCUGUUCUGGUUCCCUCUCGCUCCCCACCCACCCACCCACCCACGCACAUACAAACCUUCGUGCACACGUACCUCGUGAGACCUGGGAACCUGCCCCAGCCCCCCAGUUCCCAAGUUGAACGACCACAUCACGCCAUGGUGCUUGCUCAGGGGAAGCCGGGCUCCCUUGAUGACCUGCCGGGGGCCUGGGGGGAGCCCUCACUGAGCCCAUGAAGCCACGGAAAAA